AUGUUGAGAGACAUUAUCGAAGCCAUCGACGAGAAGGGUGACUUUGUGCACGAUGCCGAGCACCGCGCCGCCGCCCGCCAGCAGGUCCGCACCCGCGAGCGUGUCCCCGACUUUAUUAUCGACCCAGAGCGCGAAAAGGCGCUCGUGAGGAAGAUGGACUUGCACAUGAUGCCAAUGCUUUGGGUCAUGCUGCUUAUGAACUAUAUCGCUCGUACCAAUAUCGGUAACGCCAAGAUUGGUGGUAUGUUAAGCGACCUCAACAUGUCCUCCAACGGUUAUUCUCUCGUUUUGUCCAUUUUCUACGCCGGAUACCUCAUCUUCGAGGUGCCGUCCAACAUGCUUCUGUCCCGAUCUCAACCCCGUGUCUAUCUCCCGAUGCUCAUGGUCAUCUGGGGUGGCUUCCAGUGGUGCGCAAAGGGCAUCACGUCGGUUGCAGGCAUGGCCGUGUUCCGUUUCGUGCUCGGCCUCGCCGAGGCAGGCUUCUACCCUGGUGUCAUGUUCCUCAUGUCGUGUUGGUACAAGCCCCACGAAGGCGCCGUCCGCAUGUCCAUUUUCUACUCGGCCACCCUUGUCGCUGGUGCCUUUGGUAGUUUGCUCGCUGGUGGUAUCAUCGAGAGCAUGGACGGUCUCGCCGGCACCCACGGCUGGCAGUGGCUGUUCAUCAUCGAGGGCUGUGUCUCAGUCGUCCUUGGUGUUGUCGCUUACUUCGUUCUGCCCAACUACCCCGCCACCACUCCCUGGCUCACCGAGCACGAGAAGCAGCUCGCUACUCGUCGUAUUCUGUAUGCGCAGGCUCAGGAAGAAGGUCCCUCCAUUGGUCUCGCCCAGGCGUUCAAGGAGGCUCUCAAGGACCCUAAGACUUGGUGCUUCCUCCUCGCAUACAACUUCAUCAACCCGCCAUGCACCAUCACCUACUUCAUCCCCACCCUCGUCGAGGCAAUGAACUACGAGGGUCGUAUGGCCCAGUUCAUGGCCGUCCCCGUCUACCUCGUCUCGCUCGUCUUCUCCAUUAUCGGCGGUAUCAUUGCCGACAGAACCCGCCAAAAGGCUGCCGUCAUUGCCGCGGCCGGUAUCCUCUCGACCUUCAUGUUCGUCUUCUGUGCCAUCGUCCAGAACGCCAAGAUCAAGUACGUCUUCCUGUGUUUCGGCGGUGCCGGUAUCUGGACGGCCCUCCCCGUCUUCCUGUCGUGGGUCGUCAUCAUGUUCGACGGUCGUGAGAAGCGUGCCAUCGCUAUCGCUUGGAUCAACGGUUUCGGACAGCUUUCGUCUAUUUACGGUGCCUUCUUCUGGCCCGAGAAGGACGCGCCCCGUUACGCCACCGGCUUCACCAUCACCUGUUCGUUCACCGGUUUCAUGGUCGUCAUGGUCAUCUUCACCCGAUGGGCCUUUGGCGACAAGGGUGUGUGGCGUACGUCGUAAGCGUGCGCUAGACAUGAAUGGAGGACGCGGACGAGGACGGCGAGAGCGGUGGCGACGACGACGACAGUAGUGCAACGAUCACAGACACGAUCACUUCUUCCCCUGAUAUUAUUUCUUGGUUUUGGCAUUUUGGAGUUUGGAGGACACGUUAUACCCCCCGACCUGUGCAUAUUCGAGACUGCGAUAGGCCCUCCGUACCACUAUCCAAACUAUAGGAAGAUGCUAC